AUGGAAAAUUGGGCUAGCGAUCCAGAUGACGAUAGCGACGUGCCUAUAUGUCAUAGCGCGAAAAAACGGCAAGUCAUGAUAAAGUCCGAUAGCUCUGGCUCAGAGGACAUUAGCGACGAUAUUAGAACACCGCAAGAUAUCUGUAAUAAAAGGAAAAAGUCCAAGUUGGUGUCUCGAAAAUUAGAUUAUGGUCAAAUCGGCACAAGCGACAACGACACCCAUAGUGAAGACGAUACUACUUUUUCCGCGUCGUAUAAAACAGGUCAUCAAAGAAAUCGAAAUACAACUAAAGUUCCUGAUAAUGAAAAUAUCAGCUGUGGCAAUUUCAAGCGCCGUAGGUCAACACGUUUGAAAAAAAGAAAUCGAAAUAUAACUGAAGUUUCGGAUAAUGAAGAUAUCAGCUAUGGUAAUUUUAAACGCCGUAGAUCAACACGUUUAAAAGAAAAGAAUCAAAAGGCAACCGAUAACUUUGCAUCUAUAAAGCAAAAGUAUCCUGAAAAUAAUUACGAUAUAUCUGGACUUCAACACCCUAUCAAUCAGUCUCCGUCGGAAGCUUCUAGCGUAGAUUCAGUACAAUUGGAAUGGCUCGUCUCGGAUGAUCAUGAAUCUAAUGAUGGUUACAAAACGUCUCCCGAAUCGGAUGUUAUUAAAAAUAAAGGAAUCAAUCAACAAAAUUAUCAUUAUGAUGGGGAGAGUGCGAAUCAGUCGGAUAAUGCAUCAUCGACACCACCUUCAUCUUCGUAUUCUAUACGACGGUCAAACAGAAUAGCAACAGUUGAAAAAAAUAAAGUCAAAGAAGUUACAGCCUUGAAAGAAAGGCUGCAAAAUAGAAAAGCUGAAAGCCCUGAAAGUGAAAGAUAUAUCAUCUCGGAUUCUGAAGAUAUCGACAGCUUUGGUAGUAGUAACGACAUUAAUAGCCCUAUGGUCGAUAAAAUAAUCAAACCCCAUGAUUAUAAUGCUAAUGUUGUAUUAUCAGAUAGUGAUGACUCUGAAGCCUUAUCAGAAGAAGCUAUUGAGGUUUCCGAAUAUCAAGCUCGGAGGCAGCCAUUUGAGUUGACAAAAUUCCGGGAAAAGAUGCAUUCACUUGCCCAGCCCUUAAAAGAAUGUUUUUGUAUCUACAUCCAAUACAUUGCAUCUGUAGCUAUCGAUGAUCAAUUCGCUGACGAAGUCACCGCCGAAAACGUUGACUAUUUUUUGAAGCCAAAGAAUCGAAUAGAAAGUCUUAUUGAUGCCAAAGUCAGUAUCCUACAAAGUACAGCCUGGCAGUCAAAUUUUAAGGCAUCACUAGAAAAGUAUCCAAUGAUCAUUACUUACGAAUUACCGGGCCAACGAGACUGCGAGGCAUGCAGGCUAUCAAACAGAAUUGCUACCUGGAGUCUCACAUUUAAUGGAAGAGCCUAUUGUCGUGAUACUUUUAAGGAGAUACCAGAUGAUGAGCCUAGCAAGAAAUCGAUAAAUAGCCGAUAUUGCGAAUCAGACUGUAGAAUAAUUGAAACUAUUAUAAAUGACGAUAAUAUCAUGGACCAGUUUUACAAUCAAUAUCAAAUGUUACUGACUGAGGCGGAUAAGUUCAUUCAGGAUUCUACAUAA